CUACAAAUCCUGUUUAUUUCGUCCUGUUCCACGUGUGUUUGGUUUGGAUCGUAGCCAAGUUCUAAGUCUGCAUUCGGUGAUGGUGUACUUUAACUGUGGAGCCUGUGGUGAGGCACUGAAGAAAAACCAAGUUGAGAAACAUUGUUCAGUGUGUCGAAAAUGUCAGGUGGUGUCGUGUGUUGAUUGUAGCACAGAGUUUUGGGGUAAUGAUUAUCAAAAACACAUAAAAUGCAUUAGUGAAGCUGAAAAAUACUCUGGAAAGAACUAUGUGCCCAAGGCUAAUAAAGGAGAGGCAAAACAAGAACAGUGGAUACAGCAAGUCCAGUGUGCCAUUGAGAAGAGUAAAUGUAACCCAAAUGUAAAAAGAUUACUGGUCAGCCUUCAGGACUACCCUAAUAUUCCUAGAAAGAAAGUCAAAUUCGAGAAUUUCCUUGCCAACAGUUUACGAAUACGAGACAAAAAUCUGGUGUCACAAGCUUGGGAUAUCCUGAUGGUUGAUAGCAAACAGACAAAUAAUGAGCCAUUGACCACUGCAAAACAGUCUGAACCAAAUGAAUCGCCUGAAACGUGUGCUACAAAUGGGAAAGAUAUUCAAGAGGACAAGACACUCAGUAAGAGGGAGAGAAAAGAAGAGCGACAAAAAGUUAGCAAGAAAGAAAAAAAACACAGCAACGAAAAUUUAGAAGAGGAUCAGGGUUUGGUGCAGCCAAAACACAAAAAGAAGAAACACAAAGAUGAAAAUUGUAAGGAGUCAUCGAUCGAUGAGAACCAAUCUGAAUCUCUUGAAAACUGUGCUGUAAAUGGGAAAGACUUUCAAGUGAAUAAAAAGCUCAGCAAGAGAGAGAGAAAAGAAGAGCGACAGAAAGUCAAUAAGAAAGAGAAAAAACACCGGAAUGAAAAUGUACAAGAAGUGAAUCAGUGUCUUGUGCAGUCAAAACACAAAAAGAAGAAACAUUGUGAUAGUGAAGAAUGUGACAAAACAGUGGCAAACAGUGAAACAUCCACAAACAAGAAGUCGAAAAGAAAAAGGCACCAGUCGGAUGAUGAAACGAAUGAUUGUGGCAUUGGUUCAAAGAAACAAAAACUGCACACAGAAGUUGCAGAUAAUUCAGAUAACAACAGUGAAGAGGAAGUCCCAUCAAAAAAGAAAAAGACAAAGUUUAACUGGGAGGAAGUGAUUACUGAGGUUCUCAAGACAAAAGGAGAGAUUUCUUUAAAGAAGUUAAGAAAAAAGGUUUUGUCUGAAUAUGCUGCUCAAGGCCAGAUUGCAUCAUCUGAAGAAAAAUUGUGGUCAAAAUUCAACAAGAAAGUCACUAAAAAUUGUUUAUUUAAAGUACAUAAAGACAAAGUGAAGCUUUCAUCUUCAUAAAUAGAAAGAAAA